AAACCGCAAGUUGCUUCCCAGCGUGGCUGUACUUGCAAAGUUUUAAAAUUUUGCAGGUUUGUCUUUGCUCAUCUUGCGAAAUUCAAAGUAUUUUUUCCUUAGUAUUUUAACACCCACUAUCUUUUAAAAAGGACUGAAAUACUUCCCCGCGCUUACAGUAGUAUUAACAAUGUCCGACGACGAAUCGCAGCAGCUCGCACCUUCUCUCCAGAAUGUUAUUGACCAGAAAUCGCUUCAGUGGGUUUUUGUCGGUGGCAAAGGAGGUGUUGGAAAAACCACAACCAGCUCUUCGCUGGCAAUCCAAAUGGCGGCAGCGCGUGAAAGCGUUCUGCUUAUUUCGACGGACCCGGCGCACAACCUUUCUGAUGCAUUUGGGCAAAAGUUUGGCAAGAACCCAACGCUGGUGAGUGGGUUCAACAAUCUGUACUGCAUGGAGAUUGACCCGACGAGCAGCAUUCAGGAGAUGAUUGAUGGCGCAGACAACAGCGCAGUGAACUCAAUAAUGCAGGAUCUUGCUUUUGCGAUUCCGGGCGUCGACGAGGCCAUGGGGUUUGCCGAGGUCAUGAAGCUCGUCAAGUCAAUGGAGUACUCGGUGAUUAUCUUCGACACGGCGCCCACUGGACACACGCUGCGGUUCCUCUCGUUCCCCACGGUGUUGGAAAAGGCACUGUCCAAGGUAUCGCAGCUUUCGGGCAGAUUCGGCCCGAUGAUGCAGCAGAUGUCGGGAAUGAUGGGCGCGGGCACCAACCACGAGGAUCUUUUCUCAAAGCUUGAGGACAUGCGGGCGGUCAUCAGAGAGGUCAACAGUCAGUUCCAGGACCCUGACAAGACCACGUUUGUGUGCGUGUGCAUCUCCGAGUUCCUUUCCCUUUACGAGACAGAACGCCUGGUGCAGGAGCUGACCAGCGGCAACAUUGACACUCACAAUAUUGUGGUCAACCAGCUGCUGUUCCCAUCAAAAGAGUCCAACUGCGAUCAAUGCAAGGUGCGGCACAAGAUGCAGCAAAAGUAUCUUGAUCAGAUAUUCGACCUCUACGAGGACUUCCAUGUUACGCUGCUGCCGCUGCUGACAACUGAAGUUCGCGGCGUCGAAAAGCUCAAGUCGUUCUCGCGGCUGCUGCUCGAGCCUUUCCAGCCGCCCAAGUGAGCCAUGCAACACGAUUUUUUGAAGUUUAAUUAAUAAUUUUCAGGCUUUAAUUUCUUUAAUUUAGGCAUUCAUGAGGAAAACAAAGUAUCCAGAUAUUUGCGUGAGAAAAUGCAGGUGUGGAAGCGGUGGGCAUUUUUGUUUGCAGCCGCUUCUUU